GUCCUUCAUAAAAUUCCUUUUCCCUCUGUUUAUAUUAAUAAGGAAGGCAGAGGGAAAGAAGCGGUGCGAGAGGAGAUUGUAGUUGAAUAUCUUGUUCAUUGUCUCCUUCAAACUUAUCUUCUUCUCAGUUCACUUGCUAGGAUUUAUCUGUCCUUGCUGUUUUUUUCUUUCUUCUCUCUGUGAUUCAGGUGUUAAGAGGGCCUGUGCAGUUUUUUUCUUCUGUGGGGUGAGGGAGUUUAAGGGGUGGGAGGAGGAGGAGAAGGAGAAGGACAAUGGAGGGAAAAGCAGCAAUGAUGUCUGCACUGGGUGUGGGUAUUGGAGUGGGCUUGGGACUUGGGUUAAACAGGUGGGGUGGUGGAGGUGGUAGUGGUAGUGCUGGUAAUAUUGAUGUGGGUCUGAACUAUUCAGAUUGUGUCGAACAAGAAUUGCUCAAGCAGGUGGUGGAUGGCAAAGAUAGCAAUGUUACCUUCAAUCAGUUUCCUUACUUUCUCAGUGAACAAACAAGGGUACUAUUGAUUAGUGCUGCGUAUGUUCAUUUGAAGCAAGGAGAUAUUUCAAAAUAUACUAGAAAUCUGACUCCAGCAAGUCGUACGAUUUUAUUAUCAGGCUCUGCAGAGCCUUAUCUCCAAAUGCUUGCAAAAGCAUUAGCGCACUAUUUUGAGGCUAAAUUGUUGUUGUUAGAUAUAACAGACUUUUCCCUAAAGGUGCAAAGCAGAUAUGGGGGAGGCCCUGAUCCUAUUGCAAUAAGUCCGUCCUCAUCAGCACUUGAGCGUGUAACUGGAUUAUUAGGAAAUCUCUCUAUUCUACCUUCCCGAGAAAGCUCAAAGCCUAGUCAAUCAGGUUCGCUUUGGAGACAGAAUAGCAAUGUUGAAUCAAAGAAUAGCGGUCUUGAAAGUAUUGACAGCUUUCAUAAGCUCAGACGCAAUUCUGCAUCAGCAGCUGAUUUAUCAAAGCUUGCUGCUUGUCAAAAUCCAGGUCCUCUUAGGCGCACAAACAGUUGGACUUUUAAUGAAAAAGUACUUGUGCAAUCCCUCUACAAGGUUAUAAAGAAAGUUUCCAGGACAAGCCCUGUAGUUCUGUAUUUGAGGGAUGUUGAGAGGCUUAUAUUCAGAACACCAAGAAUGUAUAACUUAUUUUGCAAAAUGUUUGAGAAGCUUUCGGGAGCAGUGUUGGUUUUAGCUUCUAGAAUGGUGGACCAAUCAGACACUCAAGACUGUAGAAAAAUAGAUGAAAAGCUUUCAUUACUCUUUCCCUAUAACAUUGAUAUAAAACCCCCUGAGGACAAUGCUAGCCUCGUCAACUGGAAGAGUCAGCUUGAAGGGGACUUGAAACUCAUUCAAUUCCAGGACAACAGGAAUCAUAUAUCAGAAGUUCUCGCAGAAAAUGAUCUCGAAUGCGAUGAUUUGGGAUCAAUUUGUUUUUCUGAUUCAGUGCUUCUAAGUUCUUAUAUUGAAGAAAUCGUGGUAUCUGCCAUUUCUUAUCAUCUAAUGAACACUAAAAAUCCAGAGUACAGAAAUGGAAAGCUUAUUAUUUCUUCAAAAAGUUUGGAGCAUGGGUUGAGUGUAUUCAAGUCAGGAAAGGCUGAGAGCAAAGAUGCACGACAAGUGCCCAAUGGUGAUUCUUCAGAGGAACCUCAGGAGUCUGCUUCCUUGAAGGCUGAGCCAAACAGUGAAGCAGCUCCAGUAACAAUGCGUAAGACAGAAGCUGAGAAAAUUGAUUCUGCUUCUGUGGGAGAUGCUCCCAACAAAGAAGGUGCCACUAAGAAAGAAGACAAUGCCCUUAAGAAAGAAGCUGAAGCUCUCAAGAACGAAGCUAAUGCCCCAAAGAAAGAAACUGGCACUCCUGAUAAAUCAAAUGCAGCUCCUACUCCCCAUAAACUGGAAGUAGCUCCAGACAAUGAAUUUGAGAAACGAAUCAGGCCAGAGGUCAUUCCAGCUGGGGAAAUUUGUGUGUCCUUUUCAGACAUUGGAGCCUUGGACAAUGUCAAAGAAGCUCUUCAAGAGCUUGUCAUGUUGCCUCUCAAACGCCCAGACCUUUUUAAAGGGGGGCUUCUGAAGCCCUGCAAGGGCAUUUUGUUGUUUGGACCCCCUGGGACUGGCAAGACAAUGCUUGCAAAGGCCCUUGCUACGGAGGCAGGUGCCAACUUUAUUAAUGUUUCAAUGUCCACCAUUACAUCCAAGUGGUUUGGAGAAGAUGAGAAGAACGUAAGGGCAUUAUUCAGUUUGGCUGCCAAAAUUUCUCCUACUGUUAUAUUCGUUGAUGAGGUGGACAGUAUGCUGGGACAGAGGACUAGGGCUGGAGAGCAUGAAGCCAUGAGAAAAAUAAAGAAUGAGUUUAUGUCCCACUGGGAUGGAUUGCUGUCUAAAAAUGGAGAGCAUGUUCUUGUUUUGGCUGCAACAAACAGACCAUUUGAUCUUGAUGAAGCAAUUAUCAGACGAUUUGAGAGAAGGAUCAUGGUAGGUCUACCUAAUGCUGAGAAUCGAGAGAAAAUUCUCAGGACAAUCCUUGCAAAAGAGAAUAUUGAAGAAGGCUUUGAUUUCAAGCAUCUUGCAACCAUAACUGAAGGGUUUACUGGUAGUGACUUGAAGAUUCUAUGCACAACAGCAGCUUUUCGGCCUGUUAGGGAGCUACUGCAGAAAGAACAAGAAAGAGAGAAGGCCAAGAAAAAAGCUGUCGAAAACAGAUCAGAGUCCCUUAAUAAGGCUGAUGAUGCAUCAGAACCUAAUGACACAGAGAAAAAGGAAGAAGAAAAAGAAGAGGCUAGGAAAACUGUUGUCAUCAGGCCUCUGUCUAUGGAAGACAUGAGAGCAGCUAAGGAACAGGUGUCUGCAAGCUUUGCAUCAGAAGGUGCUGGAAUGAGUGAAUUGCUGCAAUGGAAUGACUUGUAUGGGGAGGGUGGCUCCAGAAAAAGGCAACCUCUAUCCUACUUUAUGUAGUGUACUCUGGUCAUGCCAAACCAUUAAUUUGGGUUGAUGUUUCUGGCAAUUGUAGAUUUCUGAAAUUCUUUCAGCGGGGAUCAUGGAUACCAAAAUUGUACCAUUGUAUUCCCACUCAAGGAAUUGUAUGCCUAAGUAUGGUUUCAAGUAUCCCGUUCUUUCUUAGCCAGGAGCACACAGAAUCCCUAUCAUUUGCUUCCAUGGUGUGACUCAUGUUGUCACUUUUUAGUAGUUCGGGGUGGUGAAUAUUCCUAGACAGAUUGUCAGCUGCUCAGUUGUUAUGCAGACCUUCAUGUUUAUCGGUA